GUCGACCCAGCUCCUCCUCGGCCUUGUUGAAGGCUCCCCGCCCCAGGCUCCCCCAGCCCAGUGGGCCGCCCCGUGGGGGCUCUGUUUCUCCCCACCCAAGGGCGCAGGAGGCAGGGCCAUGGGUCCCCAGCGGAAGAUGAGCAGCUCUUUCAAGCGGGGUUCGCUCAAGAGCUCCACAUCCGGGUCGCAGAAGGGGCAGAAAGCUUGGAUAGAAAAGACCUUUUGCAAGCGAGAAUGUAUCUUUGUCAUUCCCAGCACUAAAGACCCGAACAGGUGUUGCUGCGGCCAGCUCACCAACCUGCACGUUCCCCCUCUGCCCAGUGCGACAUCGGGCAAAAAUGGGGAGGAAAACAAAGAGGUGGGGGGUCAGCCCGAGAAAUGGUCCGUGGGCAAGCACACGCAGAGCUACCCAACCGAUUCCUAUGGGACAAUCGAGUUCCAGGGUGGCGGAUACUCCAACAAAGCCAUGUAUAUCCGCGUGUCCUAUGACACCAAGCCCGAUUCGCUGCUUCAUCUCAUGGUGAAGGACUGGCAGCUGGAGCUGCCCAAGCUCCUAAUAUCUGUGCACGGAGGCCUCCAGAACUUCGAGAUGCAGCCCAAGCUGAAGCAGGUGUUCGGGAGAGGCCUCAUCAAGGCCGCCGUGACCACCGGGGCCUGGAUCUUCACGGGGGGUGUCAGCACCGGUGUCAUCAGCCACGUUGGGGACGCCUUGAAAGACCACUCCUCCAAGUCCAGAGGCCGGGUCUGUGCUAUAGGAAUCGCUCCCUGGGGCAUCGUGGAGAAUAAGGAAGACCUGGUUGGAAAGGAUGUGACACGAGCCUACCAGACCAUGUCCAACCCCCUCAGUAAGCUCUCUGUGCUCAACAAUUCCCACACCCACUUCAUCCUGGCUGACAACGGCACCCUGGGCAAGUACGGCGCUGAGGGGAAGCUCCGGAGGCAGCUGGAAAAGCACAUCUCUCUGCAGAAGAUCAACACCAGGCUGGGCCAGGGCGUGCCCGUCGUGGGCCUCGUGGUGGAAGGCGGCCCUAACGUCUUCUCCGUGGUCCUGGAAUAUCUCUGGGAAGAGCCUCCGGUCCCCGUGGUGGUUUGUGACGGAAGCGGACGCGCCGCGGACAUUCUGUCUUUCGCGCACAAAUACUGUGAGGAAGGAGGGGUAAUAAAUGAAUCUCUCAGGGACCAGCUCCUGGUCACCAUGCAGAAAACAUUUAAUUACAGCAAGACGCAGUCACAUCAGCUGUUUGCGAUUAUCAUGGAGUGCAUGAAGAAGAAAGAGCUCGUGACCGUGUUUAGAAUGGGAGCCGAGGGGCAGCAAGACAUGGAGAUGGCGAUUUUAACUGCCCUGCUGAAAGGAACCAACGCAUCAGCUCCAGACCAGCUGAGCUUGGCGCUGGCGUGGAACCGCGUGGACAUAGCGAGAAGCCAGAUCUUUGUCUUUGGGCCCCACUGGCCGCCCCUGGGCAGCCUGGCCCCCCCAGUGGAGAGCAAGGUCAUGGAGAAGGACAAGAAGCCACCCACGGCGACCACCAAGGCGGGCAGAGGGAAAGGAAAAGGCAAGAAGAAGGGGAAAGUGAAAGAGGAGGUGGAGGAGGAGACGGACCCCCGGAAGAUCGAGCUGCUGAACUGGGUGAACGCUUUGGAACAGGCCAUGCUGGAUGCUUUGGUCUUGGAUCGCGUGGACUUUGUGAAGCUCCUGAUUGAAAACGGAGUCAACAUGCAGCACUUCCUCACCAUCCCGAGGCUGGAGGAGCUUUACAACACGAGACUGGGUCCACCAAACACUCUGCAUUUGCUGGUCAGGGACGUUAAAAAGGGCAACCUGCCUCCCGAUUACCACAUCAGCCUCAUUGACAUCGGGCUGGUGCUGGAGUACCUCAUGGGGGGCGCCUACCGCUGCAACUACACGCGCAAGAGCUUCCGGACCCUUUACAACAACUUGUUUGGGCCCAAGAGGCCUAAAGCUCUUAAACUCCUGGGAAUGGAGGAUGACGAGCCUCCGGCCAAAGGGAAGAAGAAGAAAAAGAAGAAGAAGGAGGAGGAGAUCGACAUCGAUGUGGAGGACCCGGCCGUGAGUCGCUUCCAGUACCCCUUCCACGAGCUGAUGGUCUGGGCCGUGCUGAUGAAGCGCCAGAAGAUGGCCGUCUUCCUGUGGCAGCGCGGCGAGGAGAGCAUGGCCAAGGCCCUCGUGGCCUGCAAGCUCUACAAGUCCAUGGCGCACGAGUCCUCCGAGAGCGAGCUGGUGGAUGACAUCUCCCAGGACCUGGACAACAACUCCAAAGACUUCGGCCAGCUGGCCGUGGAGCUGCUGGACCAGUCCUACAAGCAGGACGAGCAGAUCGCCAUGAAGCUGCUCACGUAUGAGCUGAAAAACUGGAGCAACUCGACCUGCCUCAAGCUGGCGGUCGCGGCCAAGCACCGGGACUUCAUUGCGCACACCUGCAGCCAGAUGCUGCUGACCGACAUGUGGAUGGGGAGGCUGCGGAUGAGGAAGAACCCUGGCCUCAAGGUAAUCAUGGGAAUUCUUCUCCCCCCCACCAUCCUGUUCUUGGAAUUCCGCACCUACGAUGACUUCUCUUAUCAGACGUCCAAGGAGAACGAAGACGGCAAAGAAAAGGAAGAGGAACCUGGGGACGCGAGCGCAGACGCCGGCUCGAGAAAGGGAGACGAGGAGAAUGAGCACAAAAAGCAAAGGACUAUCCCCAUCGGGACGAAGAUCUGUGAAUUCUACAAUGCUCCCAUUGUCAAGUUCUGGUUCUACACGAUCUCGUACUUGGGCUACCUGCUGCUGUUCAACUACGUCAUCCUGGUGCGCAUGGACCGCUGGCCCUGUCUCCAGGAAUGGGUCGUCAUCUCCUACAUUGUGACCCUGGCGUUGGAGAAAAUCCGAGAGAUCCUUAUGUCGGAACCAGGCAAACUCAGCCAGAAAAUAAAAGUCUGGCUUCAGGAGUACUGGAACAUCACCGACCUCGUGGCCAUCUCCGUGUUCAUGAUCGGGGCCGUCCUCCGCCUGCAGAGGCAGCCGUACAUGGGCUACGGCCGCGUCAUCUACUGUGUGGACAUCAUCUUCUGGUACAUCCGCGUCCUGGACAUCUUCGGCGUCAACAAGUACCUGGGGCCCUACGUGAUGAUGAUCGGAAAGAUGAUGAUUGACAUGCUGUACUUCGUGGUCAUAAUGCUGGUUGUGCUGAUGAGUUUCGGAGUCGCCCGGCAGGCCAUUUUGCACCCAGACGAGGAGCCUUCCUGGAAACUGGCCCGAAACAUCUUCUACAUGCCCUACUGGAUGAUUUAUGGGGAGGUGUUUGCGGACCAGAUAGACCGUAAGAAUAGACUUCAUAUCUACGCCAUGGAAAUUAAUCCUCCCUGUGGGGAUAACCAGUAUGACGAGGAAGGCAAGCGGCUCCCUCCCUGCAUCCCGGGCGCCUGGCUGACCCCGGCCAUUAUGGCGUGCUACCUGCUGGUGGCCAACAUCCUGCUGGUGAACCUGCUCAUCGCGGUCUUCAACAACACCUUCUUUGAAGUGAAGUCCAUAUCCAAUCAAGUGUGGAAAUUCCAGCGGUAUCAGCUGAUUAUGACGUUUCAUGACCGGCCAGUCCUACCUCCACCAAUGAUCAUUUUAAGUCACAUCUACAUAAUCGCCAUGCGUCUGAGUGGUCGCUGUAGGAAGAAAAGAGAAGGGGACCAAGAUGAGCAGGACCGCGGACUGAAGCUGUUUCUCAGCGAGGAGGAGCUGAAGAGGUUGCACGAGUUUGAGGAGCAGUGCGUGCAGGAGCACUUCCAGGAGAAGGAGGACGAGCAGCAGUCGUCCAGCGACGAGCGCAUCCGUGUCACCUGCGAGAGAGUUGAAAAUAUGUCGAUGAGGCUGGAAGAGAUCAAUGAGCGGGAGCAGUUUAUGAAGACGUCCCUGCAGACGGUCGACCUCCGACUGACUCAGCUGGAGGACCUGUCCAGCAGGAUGGUGGCCGCGCUGGAACACCUCGCGGGGGCGGACAAAUGGGAGCUGAUACCAACGCGGUCCCGCGCUUCUUCCGAAUGCGAAGCGACUCACCUUCUGCGGCAGAGCAGUGUCCGCAGCGCCGACAGCUGCGGGAGCAGGUUCCACUUCAACGCAGAGGAGCUGGCCUGUGAGGACGCGUCUGUGUCCAUGCUGCUGGGGACAGGCUUCCGGAAGAAAGCCCGCUCCUUCCGCAUGAAGGAAGAAAAGGACCUGAAAAUGCACCUGACCGCUGCAGAGCGCCAGGGCAGCCUUCACCUCUUACCCAGCGCGAGCGCCCCGGCGACCCGCGAGGGCAGCCACCUGGCGUUAGACCACUUAAACCACGCUUCAGAGCCAAAGUUAGGUCCAGAAAUCGGGAUUUCAGACGCUGACCAAAGGCAGGCCGACUCUGAAAGAGGAGACACCAUUUCCCCAGGUUCAAAUCAAAUGGAUGUCAUGCCUGGACUGAAUAAAUCCGAUGAUUCAAACACUCAGCUGACAGUGGGAACAGCACAGAUAGAAGGCACUGUUUCCUGUCCCCUGGAAGACACGAACAUGACACGCUGUCACCCUGACGAAAUGUUCGGGGCUUGUCAAACCGUGGAGUCCAGAAGUUUUGUAUAUGCCCACGGGACAAAGCUGGUCAGCGGUGGGCUUAACAACUGGUGUGCGGAGUACAGCUCGAUCAUGGACCGAGCCUGUCCCUCCGCGGGGCAGCAGUGGACGACAGAGUGGAAAUACGAAGUUCAGAAGAUCACACGGUCUCGUAGCACCGAUAUCCCCUAUGCUGUGUCGGAAGCUGCAAUGCAGGCAGAGCUUAAAGACCCAUCCACAGAUCUCGAAGAUGACAGCUGCGUUCCCAUGAGGGUCCCUCGAAUCUCUCGCUUGUCACUCGCCGUCACAGAGAGAACAGAAACGGGGAACUUACUGGCCGUGAAACCAGACCAAACUCUGGGCUUCGUGUCUUCAAGGUCAAAAAGUUUACACGGCCACCCUAGGAAUGCUAAAGCUGUUCAGGGCAAGUUAGGCAGAUCUGGACACGCCAGCAGCGUUAGUAACCUGGGAGUCGUGUCUGGACCUAAAACAGAGACUCUUAAGCAAGAGAAAACGUCCACUGAAACUGAAUGCUGAUGUGUUCGGUUUGCCUGAUUUUUAAGUCAAAGCCACUAAUGAGUACCAUCUUGGAUCCUCGGUCUCUGAAAACGUUUUCAUUAAACGCAUUUGGCCAUUUGGACUUGCAAUUAAAAUGGAAUGCACUAAACUUAAAGGAAUAUUUUGUUAGCAUCUGUCAGUAAACUUAGUUGUUGUUUUUUAAGUUGGAGUAGGAUCAAGUGAAACUGAUGAUACUCCAAUGGAGGUUAAUUACUUAAUCAGUAUACAAGAGUCUACAACUUUGCCGUGGCUGGUGUGGCUCAGUGGAUUGAGUGCCAGUCUGCAAAUGAAAGGGUCGCUGGUUCGAUUCCCAGUCAGUGCACAUGCCUCGGUUGCCAGCUGGGCCCCCAUUUGGGGGCAUGUAAGAGGCAACCACACAUUGAUAUUUCUCUCCCUCACUUUCUCCCUCUCUUCCCCUCUGUCUAGAAAUAAAUUAAUAAAAUCUUAAAAGAAAACACAAAGAACCUACAGUCUCUAUUUCUGAGGGCUAGUAAAUAGCCUAGGAGAUGCCUCUGGGUGCCACUAAUUGGUUACUUAAGGAGUAAGGAAUUGUGUAAGAGGGAGAAAAUAAGGAGAAAACAAAAGUGUAAAAAAGGAGGGGUGAAGGAGAGAAAAAUAAAGUUAUGAGCUACAAGAAGUGAGAAGUAGAAAGGAGCCAUGAACACCACAUGUUCUACUUGGGUUCUGUUUUACAUGUUAUUGUUUUAAAAUUACACAGUGAGCCCUGGCUGGUGUGGCUCAGUGGAUUGAGCACCGGCCUACAAACCAAAGGGUUGCCAGUUCGAUUCCCAGUCAGGGCACAUGCCUGGGUUGCAGGCCAUGUCUGCAGUAGGGGGUGCACGAGAGGCAACCACACAUUCUCUCCCUAUCUUUCUUUCUCCCUUCCCCUCUUUAAAAAUAAAUAAAUAAAAUCUUUAAAAAAAAUUACACAGUGAGAGAAAUAUCAAAGAUUGCACUGUUAAUACUUUAGGGUGACCAAGAGCUUUGUUAAUGUGUGAAAAUAAAGGAGCCAAUAUGCAUUUUCUUAUCCUCCUAUAGUCCUUGGUAGCAAUCACACAUUAGUAGUACCUCCGCACACAAUGGCUCGUGCAAAGUUGUGGCUAGAACUUAAAGGGCACGUGUUCCAGGUGGGAACUGUCGGGAACUGCCGAGGCUGUUCAUGGCCGAGAACGGAAGGGGUCGUGCUUCACUCUGCAAGUUCAAAGGCCCACCCUCCUCCCCGCAAAGUAACCGCUGUCCUUUCAUAGUGAAGACUUCCUGGCUGUAAAAGUAUGACUCCAGCGCUGGGCGGCUUAAACCGCCGGUUUUAUUUCCUCAUGGACCCCGCAGGUCAGGAAUUCGGACAAGGCACAGCAGGAAUGCCCCUGAUCUAUGGCCUUGGCUGAUUUGCCUGGUGUAAAGGCUCCUACGAUGGCCAGUUCCAAGCUAUCCACGUGGCGUCUGAAUGUGGAGCUGGGGAAAGAUACCCACAGCUGGCUUCUGCAAGCCAGUACUCACUGGCUGCCGCUACUAACUGGCUGCUGCUACUCCAUGGUGUUUGAACUGGGGCGACCGAGUGUCUGGGGGUGGAGGCUGGAAGCCUCCAGAAGCAUCUUCCCUCCCGUGUGGGCUGUGGGCUGGAAUGGGACUCGCCACUAGAGCUGUCCUCCACAAGGACACAGGAGCAUGGCCUGUCCAGGUGGCCUGGGCUCCCUCACAUAACGACAGUUUAGAAGAAAUCACAUCUCUUGUGUAGCAGUUCAGUCUUCCGAAAGUGAGCGUCCCAGCAAAUGAGGAGGAAAUGCCAUUGCUUCUUUCAUGGCUUUAGGAGUCACGCAGAAUCAACUGAGAUUGCAUCGCUUGGCUGGCGAUGAGUCACCAAAGCCAGCCCAGAUUCUAAGGGAGGGGUCCUAUCUGGGAGGAGUGUUACCGAUUUUGCAGACGUGUUUUUAAGUGGCCACACUUGCAUUUCGUCAUGGUUUUGUCACCUGGCUGCUCCUCAGCGCUAUAGUUUCAUCUCACUCUUUGUUUUCACUUACUGACGACCCACCCAGGCUCCUGAAACCUUUU